CUGUCUUUUCACUCUCAUUGGAUUGCAUGGACACAGUUGUGAUUGCUAAGUGUAAAGGUUCACGGAAUCAAUAGUGGUGAAGCAAUAUUGUCUCGUGGAGAUGCAAGUUAAGACAAAUCACACGCAUCCCAAGGCAAAACCAUCUCUUAAGUCUUAACUUAUGGAAUAGUCUUUUAAUAUUGCAAUAACUAUAAGUCUGGUUUUCUUGAACAGCAUAAGGAUAAUAACAUGGUAAUGCAAAGCAAAAGGAACUGUUUCCUUUUGGAUUCAAUUGCUUUCUUACUAUCAUAAGCAAGCUCUUCCUUUGUUAGUGAGACUUCACUUUGAAGCAACCAAUUCUGAAUUCUGAGUGUGCAAUGCAAUGCAUGCAUAAAAGGCGCACAUAAAGCUAGCUAUAAUUGGUAUUCGUCUGCCUGUGUUAUUGGCGUUUCGCACACAUAAAGCUGAGAGUUGCCAUGGAUUCUAAGAAUGUUGUUGCUUUUCAAGUUGUAACAUUUUGCAUAUGCUUGGCUGUGGCAAAUUCGGUUGAGUUCAGUUACCCUGCAGUUUUCAACUUUGGUGAUUCAAACUCAGACACAGGUGAACUUGCUGCAGGGAUGGGAUUUCUAGUCGUCCCGCCUUAUGGAAAAAAUUACUUCAAAACCCCAUCUGGGAGGUUCUGCGAUGGCCGUCUCAUAGUUGACUUCUUAAUGGAUGCGAUGAAAUUGCCAUUCUUAAAUGCCUACAUGGAUUCAGUGGGUUUGCCAAAUUUUCAGCAUGGAUGCAACUUUGCAGCAGCAGGUUCAACUAUCCUUCCAGCCACUGCAACAUCCAUCAGCCCGUUUGGCUUUGGGGUUCAGGUAUUUCAGUUUCUGAGAUUCAGAGCUCUGGCUCUUCAAUUUCUUCAAGUUUCAGGAAAGAAAUUUGAUCAGUACGUCCCAACAGAAGACUAUUUUGAGAAGGGAUUAUACAUGUUUGACAUAGGCCAGAACGAUCUUGCUGGUGCAUUUUAUUCAAAAACAUUGGACCAAAUACUUGCCUCAAUUCCAACAAUUCUAUUGGAAUUUGAAACUGGAAUAAAGAAACUGUAUGAUAGCGGGGCAAGGAAUUUCUGGAUACAUAACACGGGUCCACUCGGAUGCUUGCCUCAGAUUGUUGCCAAAUUUGGCACUAAUCCAUCAAAGCUUGAUGAACUAGGAUGUGUUAGUUCACUCAACCAAGCGGCCACAGCCUUUAAUAUACAGCUUCAAUCUUUUUGUAGUAAAUUUAAGGGCCAGUAUCCAGAUGCAAAUGUUACACAUGUUGAUAUCUUUACCAUAAAAUCAAACCUCAUUGCAAACUAUUCAAAAUAUGGGUUUGAACAACCCAUUAUGGCUUGUUGUGGAUAUGGAGGUCCACCAUUGAACUUUGACAGUCGAGUUUCUUGUGGGCUAACAAAGAUCUUGAAUGGGACCACAAUAACAGCAAAAGGUUGCAAUGACAGCAGUGUGUAUGUAAACUGGGACGGGACUCAUUACACCGAGGCUGCAAAUCAAUAUGUGGCAUCACAAGUUCUCACUGGAAACUACUCCAACACUCUUUUGGGAGACAAAAUUCCCUUCCUUCUCUAGCUCAAAAUCCCUAUUUGUUUACUGUUAUAAUAGUUUUAUUCUUUCUGUGCUGGUGUAGUGAAACUACCAGCUCAUUGUAACCUUGAUUGACAGUUAAGAUCUUACAAACAUUUAUGAUUUGAGACCAAAUCAA